AUGCAACGAUUCGCCCGUUUACUCAGCGAAGAGGAAAAACCAAUCACCCAUGAUCCAUUGAUUCACAAAGGCCUGCAGCAACAAGUGGACCGGGUCAAGGACGGACAUGCAAGGUUGCUAGCAGGAGAAAGACUGGUAGAGGCAGGCUCCUCAGCAGACGAAAUAUGCCUUGUGGACGUGGCCGGCGGUUCGGAUGGUACAUGGUAUUGGGACCGAUAUCCAGGCCUACAAGGUGAUGUGAGGGGCUACAUUUACAAGCCUUUCCUCAAGGAAAUAAGAUUCAAACUCCUGCAGAACUCAACGGCAAGCGAGUCGGCAUCAUGGUUAAGUCGGCAACAGCUAUCUAAGUCAUGCCACAAGUUGCAUGUUGGACCGAAUCCCUGUACGCAUUCCAGCGCACACCCUCGUAUUGCGCGUCGCCAGCAUGCUACAGAUGACGAAAAGUGGGCGAGCUUGGUCGCAACAGGCCCUGGCUGGCAGCUUGCUCGCCAACUCAACUUCGAUGCUCUCUUUAACGGUGAAGAAUACUUGGCAGACCAUCCCGAUCUGGUCACCGAUGACUGGACUCAGAUGGCGCGCGGCUUUUUGGGCUUCAUCGGGGGGGCCACGUCACAAGAGCGCACGCAUGCUUUGUAUGAGUUAGAAACGCCGCUGGCGGAGCAUGCAUGGGCACGGGUAGAAGAGACCGUAGUGAAGGAUGCGGCCACGGUGGAGCAAUCAAAUACGUACAGCCGUUUUACAUCAUGUGGUGUAAAAGACCCACCUUUCAAGAUGAGUACCUGUCUACUUUCAACCAGUCGCAUGCCACGCUUGUGGACACGGAUGACAAGGGCAUCGAGCGGUGUACAUCAUCGCGGGGGGAUAGUCGCUAAGGGAGUGGAGUACGAGCUUAACGUGCUGAUUCUUGCCACGGGCUUCCUGCUGGCAUUAGGGGAAAACGCAGCGCCUGCUAAGCUCUUUGGUAUACCUGCCGCGGGCUGUAGCGGCCGCUAUCUCAAAGACAAACAUGGGUACCUGCAUGGCAUCGCUACGAACAGCCUCCCCAACGUUAUCUAUCUUGGUCUCGGUGGUAGAUCGGGCUCACUAGAUCUCACUGUAGUUUUUGAUUUAGAAUCCAGGCACAUCGCCAAUGUUUUGAAAUAG